UCCAUGACGGCUAGCAUGAAGGGGGGAGAGUUGGUUCAUUCAUUGCUCGACUAGACCUACAUUUGUUUGAAAGAAAGCUCUGUUAAAAGCGGAACAAUGCCGCUCACACCUCUCGUUUACUGGGCUCAACGCCAUGAAGAAAUUUACCUGCGAGUGGAGUUGACGGACGCCCAGAAUAUUGACGUGCAAGUACAUGAAAGAGUGCUUCAGUUUAAAGCACAGGGCCAUGGUGCAAAAGGACAAAAUGAAUAUGAAUUCAGCCUAGAAUUUCAUUUACCUGUAAAGUCAGAGGUGAGCCACAAGUCCACGCAGCGGCAGGUGAAUAUUACAGUGCAGAAAGAGCAGAGAGGCUGGUGGGAAAGAUUGACGCUACAGGAGCGCAAACCAGUCUUCCUGGCACCGGACUUUGACCGCUGGCUGGACGAGUCAGAUGCUGAGAUGGAGAUCCGGGAAAAGGAGGAAAAACAAAAUAGGCUGAAGGCUUCAAGGCAUAACGAGGAAGGGUUUGUCAGCCUGAAAACAGGGUUUUUGUUUAUGUAUAACCUGGUGCAGUUUCUUGGUUUUUCAUGGAUCUUUGUCAACAUGACCGUGCGGCUCUUUAUCUUUGGUCAAGAUUCUCUCUAUGACACGUUUCACACCAUAUCGGAUGUUAUGUUCUUCUGCCAGAUCUUGGCAGCAGUAGAGGUCCUCAAUGCUGCUUUUGGUGUAGUCCACGCAGGUGUUAUUCCAUCUCUUAUACAGGUGGUUGGAAGAAAUUUUAUCCUCUUCAUCAUUCUGGGCAGUUUGGAAGAAAUGCAUAACAAGCCUGUUACGUUCUUCGUUUUCUAUUUUUGGAGCGCCAUUGAGAUUUUUAGGUAUCCAUUUUACAUGCUGGGCUGUUUUAACACAGAGUGGAAAACUCUCACGUGGCUGCGUUACACAGUCUGGAUACCACUGUACCCAUUAGGUGUCAUAGCUGAGGCUGUUGCUGUGAUACAAUCCAUUCCCAUCUUUGACGAGACCAAACUCUUCAGCAUUCCUCUGCCCAAAGCCGUUGGAACGUCUAUCAGCUUCUCUUACGUCCUGCACAUCUAUCUUGUCCUCAUGUUUCUUGGACUUUUUAUCAACUUUCGUCAUCUUUACAAGCAGAGGAGGAGGCGUUUCCGCACCAAGAAGAGGAAAGCACAUUGAGAUACAGCAACAAAAACACUCGUCAAACACCUCAGCUGCCUGCUUAUUUCUGGAUAAAACAUUUUAAAUGAUACUCAUAAACCAUGCUACAGUCAAAUCUAUGCUCACUAUUGUUAGAUGGUUGUUUUUAUUCUACAAUAUUGCUCUCAGUUAGAUUUAUUAAUUUAUGGUUGUUAUACAGAUGACUUAUUUCAAUCAUUCCAUUGACGUUCUUACUUACUUGUGUUUGAGUUCUUAUAGAUGUAAGUUUGCAUUUUCUAGAUAAGUUGGGAGAUGUAUAAAGCAAUAGAACAUGACAUCUUGUGAUAGUUUUUUUUCAAGUUUCUUUUAAUCUUGGGUUGUUGUUUUUUUUGGCUGCAUUUUGUCAUUUUAGAUACAGUAAUUUUGCAUAAAUGAAAAACAGCGAAAACAUUGUCUACAAAUACUGCAUUUGAUCUAAUUCCAGAUUGCUGAACCAUCCCACAAACCUCAGGGAAAAUUACAGCUGAAAUAAAGAGCAUUUUGUGUCU